UUCAAGUCCUAAUACUUGGACAGCGGCUGAGGAUGAUUGUGUCGCUAUGGGAGGACAUCUUGUGGAGAUAACAAGUCAAUCAGAGGACGACUUCGUACGAUCACUUGGCACAGGACCAUCUCACAUCGGAUUAAAUGAUAUAGAUAAUGAAGGUGUGCAUGUCUGGAUUUCGUCAGGAAAUCUCGCGUUUGGAACGUUUACAAACUGGAAAGUCGGGGAGCCAAGUAACGGCGGUAGUGGGGAAGACUGUGUUGAAAUACGCGCACAGGGAAGAUGGAACGAUGUGCCUUGCUCACUGACGAGAUUGUACGUCUGUGAACGCCCGAUCAUAUUUGUCUAACCAAUGGUAUCGAAUGGACUAUGACAAGGACAAAUGCAAAACAACAAAAUCGACAUGUAAUUUUCAACCAGACAACCACAACUACAAAAAAGAAGAUAAAUAAAAAUUUUCAACCACCCAGAGCUUUGAAUAAUUGCAAAAAUCACACAUACAAAAAACAGUUAUUAGCAUACAAUCUGUUUAUUAUAUUUCAAAACACGAAACAUGUAUUUAACGAUGUAUUUUUGGCAAUUUGUUUUCUCCGUUUGAUGAUUAGCUACUUUACCAAUUAUAAAUACG